CCCCUCCUCCCUCCCCUCCCCGUCCCCGCCGCCCCCUCCCCUCCAGGGCCCCGGGGAGCGUUUCCUUGGCUCCUGGGAGGAGACGUUUCCUAAUCUCGGGCCGGGGUUAAAGUUCUGGUACUGGUGAGAUGCUGGAAGCUGCGGCCACAGCCGCAACCUGUCCCGGAGGUGUCCUGUCGCCUGUCGCCGCCGCCAGCACCACCGCUACCGCUGCCACUGCCGCCCUGCCGGGGCCAUGUUCGCUCUGGGCUUGCCAUUCUUGGUGUUCUUGGGGGCCUCGGUCGAGAGCCAUCUGGGGGUUCUGGGGCCCAAGAACGUCUCGCAGAAAGAUGCCGAGUUUGAGCGCACCUACGUGGACGAGGUCAACAGUGAGCUGGUGAACAUCUACACCUUCAACCAUACUGUGACCCGCAACCGGACGGAGGGAGUGCGUGUGUCCGUGAACGUCCUGAACAAGCAGAAGGGGGCGCCUUUGCUGUUUGUGGUCCGCCAGAAGGAGGCUGUGGUGUCCUUCCAGGUGCCCCUAAUCCUGCGAGGGCUGUAUCAGCGCAAGUACCUCUACCAAAAGGUAGAACGAACACUUUGUCAGCCCCCCACCAAGAAUGAGUCUGAGGUCCAGUUCUUCUACGUGGAUGUGUCCACCCUGUCACUAGUCAACACCACGUACCAGCUCCGGGUCAGCCGAAUGGAUGACUUUGUGCUCAGGACGGGGGAGCAGUUUAGCUUCAAUACCACAGCAGCCCAGCCCCAGUAUUACAAGUAUGAGUUCCCUGAGGGAGUGGACUCGGUGAUUGUCAAGGUGACCUCCAAUAAUGCCUUCCCCUGCUCAGUCAUCUCCAUCCAGGAUGUCCUGUGCCCUGUCUACGACCUGGACAACAACGUGGCCUUCAUCGGCAUGUACCAGACUAUGACCAAGAAGGCAGCCAUCACUGUGCAGCGCAAAGACUUUCCCAGCAACAGCUUUUAUGUGGUGGUGGUAGUGAAGACCGAAGACCAGGCCUGUGGGGGUUCCUUGCCUUUCUACCCCUUUGUAGAAGAUGAACCAGUUGAUCAAGGGCACCGCCAGAAAACCCUGUCAGUGCUGGUAUCUCGAGCAGUCACAUCUGAGGCCUACGUUGGUGGGAUGCUCUUUUGCUUGGGCAUAUUUCUUUCCUUCUACCUGCUGACUGUCCUUCUGGCUUGUUGGGAGAACUGGAGGCAGAGGAAGAAGACCCUGCUGAUGGCCAUGGACCGAGCCUGCCCAGAAAGCGCUUCUCUCCUUGGUCACCCUCGGAUCCUGGCUGAUUCCUUUCCUGGCAGCCCCCCUUAUGAAGGUUACAACUAUGGCUCCUUUGAGAAUGGUUCCGGAUCCACCGAUGGUUUGGUCAACAGUGCAGGCACUGGGGACCUCUCUUACAGUUACCAGGGGCACGACCAGUUCAAGCGGCGUCUCCCUUCUGGCCAGAUGCGGCAGCUGUGCAUUGCCAUGGGCCACUCCUUUGACCCAGUGGGCACUCGGCCACGACUGGACUCCAUGAGCUCUGUGGAGGAGGAUGACUAUGACACAUUGACCGACAUCGAUUCAGACAAGAAUGUCAUUCGCACCAAGCAAUACCUCUACGUGGCUGACCUGGCACGGAAGGACAAGCGUGUUCUGCGGAAAAAGUACCAGAUCUACUUCUGGAACAUUGCCACCAUUGCUGUCUUCUAUGCCCUUCCUGUGGUGCAGCUGGUGAUCACCUACCAGACGGUGGUGAAUGUCACAGGGAAUCAAGACAUCUGCUACUACAACUUUCUCUGUGCCCACCCACUGGGCAACCUCAGCGCCUUCAACAACAUCCUCAGCAACCUGGGGUACAUCCUACUGGGGCUGCUCUUCCUGCUCAUCAUCUUGCAGCGGGAGAUCAACCACAACCGAGCCGUGCUGCGCAAUGACCUCUGUGCCCUGGAAUGUGGGAUCCCAAAACACUUUGGUCUGUUCUAUGCCAUGGGCACAGCCCUGAUGAUGGAGGGACUGCUUAGUGCUUGUUAUCAUGUCUGCCCCAACUAUACCAAUUUCCAGUUUGACACAUCGUUCAUGUAUAUGAUCGCUGGGCUCUGCAUGCUGAAGCUCUACCAGAAGCGGCACCCAGACAUCAACGCCAGUGCCUAUAGCGCCUAUGCCUGUUUGGCCAUCGUCAUCUUCUUCUCUGUGCUGGGCGUGGUGUUUGGCAAAGGGAACACAGCGUUCUGGAUCGUCUUCUCCAUCAUUCACAUCACUGCCACUCUGCUCCUCAGCACGCAGCUCUAUUACAUGGGCCGCUGGAAGCUGGACUCGGGGAUCUUCCGCCGAAUCCUUCACGUGCUCUACACGGACUGCAUCCGGCAGUGCAGCGGGCCCCUCUAUGUGGACCGCAUGGUGCUGCUGGUCAUGGGCAACAUUAUCAACUGGUCGCUGGCCGCCUACGGGCUCAUCAUGCGCCCCAACGAUUUUGCCUCCUACUUGUUGGCCAUUGGCAUCUGCAACCUGCUUCUUUACUUUGCCUUCUACAUCAUUAUGAAGCUCCGGAGCGGGGAGAGGAUCAAACUCAUCCCCCUGCUCUGCAUCGUCUGCACCUCCGUGGUCUGGGGCUUUGCACUCUUCUUCUUCUUCCAGGGACUCAGCACCUGGCAGGAAACCCCUGCAGAGUCGAGGGAGCACAACCGGGACUGCAUCCUCCUCGACUUCUUUGAUGACCAUGACAUCUGGCACUUCCUGUCCUCCAUCGCCAUGUUUGGGUCCUUCCUGGUGUUGCUGACACUGGAUGACGACCUGGAUACCGUGCAGCGGGACAAGAUCUACGUCUUCUAGCAGGAGCUGGGCCCUUUGCUUCACCUCAUGGGGCCCUGAGCUCCUAUUUAUCACCUUCAGGGUACCUUUGUAGUACUGGGGCUGUGAGUCCCAGCCCCGCUGCCCAGCGCUGGAUGGCGGCAGGACAGCGAGGUCUAGCCCAGGCCUGGCCUGGGACAGUCAUGGGGUGGCAUUGAGCCUUGCAGCUGCCCUUUGCCAGGGAGGAAGUCUGCUCCCCUGAAACACAGACAUUGGCCAAAUUGCUGCUUUCUUCUCAGUGUUGGGGCCUUCCUCGGUCCCUUGUCCAUUGGCUGUCCAUGUUUCCCUCUGCAGGAGGAAGGAGGGAAGGUGAUGCCCUUGCCAUUUCAUGCCUUGCAUUCUGCCUAUCCUUCCCCUCCCCCUCGGCCUGGGACCCAAAGCCCUUUCUUCCUCCCACAUUCCCACUUCAGGGCCCUAGUCUCGGACCUACUGCUCUGUCCUGCACCAGGGCCCAGUUUUCUCUGGGGUUGUACCUGGCUGCCAUCACUGCCCAUUCCAGUCAGCCAGGAUGGAUGCAGGUGUAGGUUUUUGGGGGCUGGCCAGCUGGUGCCAGGCCUUUGGUGCUAAGGCUUGUGAGGAGCCCAGGGCAGGACCCACCUCCCUGUGACCUGGGCUCGGGACUGGCUCUUUAGCAAUGAGGGUCAGCUCAAUUUGAGAACCACCUUCUGAUCUGAGGGGCUGAAUUCAGAGGUCACCUCCUCAUCUCAUCAGCCGCCAGACUGAUGCUGGCACCAGGAGUUGGGGGAAAGUGACUCAACCCUUCCCUUCCUUUCUUUCCAGGCCCUUAGUCCUGCCAAGCCCCAGCAGGGGGCCUUUCAGUGCCAUUGACACUGCCCAAGAAUGUCCAGGGGCAAAGGAGGGAAGAGACAAAGAGCUCAGCACAUCCUGCCUCCUCCACAGCUGCAGGAGCCGCAGUGCCUGUCUUAGAAAGGGGCUUAAGGAAGGGAUAUGCUAUUUUCCUCCAUGUCCCCAGUCCCAGCCUCACUCUAAGAGCCAGGGCUGGCUUCUGAGUUUCCGUCCAGUCUUCAGCCAUGUUCUGUGUUAGUCACACACAUGCAUCCAUAGGAAACCUGGAGUUUACACUGAAUUGCCCCCAGCUCUGGGCCCCCAUGGGCACUCUGGUCCUUGUAUCCCCUUCACCCAGUUCAGUCCAUUCCAGAUGCCAAGGAUCAGGGAGGUUAGGUCGGACCUCUGCCUGGAAUGGGAAUGUGUUUUAUUUUCUCAAAAUUGUUUUUAUAGCUCUCCUUGGGCUGGGUAGAGGAGGUGGGUCUGAAUCUUUUUUUCAGAGCUCUGUUUUAUGUCUUUCCACGCUACGGUUGCAUUUCUGUUUUCUAUGAAUGAGUCUGCAUUCAGUAAAGAAACAACCAGACGCAGUUGUGGGCGCUUAUU